AAUGUAUGAUCAAUUGUCUUUGAUCUGCUUUGUGAUCACAUAUCCGGCUGCACAAAAAAGAAAAAUCAAACAAAUACAUUAGACAGUAAAUUGAACUUUACCGCAGCAAGUUCUAAAAAUAUAUUAUGUAGCUGGUUGCAUAUUAGUUUUAAUUCUCAAGAUCUUAGAUGACAUCGUAAUGCAUAGUGGAGUUGUCAUUCUCAAGAUCUUAGAUUGCAAUAAAUGAUAUAAUUAAAUGCAUGGUAGGGUUUUCAUUCUCAAGAUCUUAGAUAACCUUAAUCAAUAAACGUGUGUAUACAUGAGCGCGUUUACCAAAGGACUUGGAUUAAGAGAACGGAAACGGAUGUUAUGAGGGAGCGACCCACGAGCGUAUAUAAAUUCUGAAAAUCUAGCCAGAUCUUCGCUAGAUAGAUGAACCAAUCUUUAUGGAUUUUUAGACCAAAAGGAAUCUGAAACGUGAGACGCUGCUUUACCUUAGGGUUUCGGGUCAGCAGAAUUGUGGUAGGUUGGGAAAACGACAUAAUUAUAGCAUAGAGUUGGGAAACACAAACCACGCAUAAAAAACAAGGAAAAUAAUUUGAAGUCUAAAUGGAUGCUUUAUCCGAUUUUAGGUCAGCGUUAGACUUAUGGUUUAUUAAUAUUAUCAAAGUAUAAGAAUCUUUUGUAUUUUGUUAAUAUAGACAGUAGACAGCAUGAGCUGCAUUACCAUUUCCUAACUUUUACAUUUUCGUUGAGUAGGGAUGUUCAGGGAAACCCUGCAUAAGAAAAUGUUAGGUUUAUUUUUUUCAGAUAUUUGUCUCUUUUCAGAUUUCCCAACAAUUUAAGACAAUAACCACAUAUUUUUGUCUGAUUUGUGUGGUAUCCUCUGUGAUACUCAACAAUAAUUGUCCUGAACUUUAUAGGUUAUCUAUUAUUGAUAACUUAUAUCGUUUAGGGAAAAUGGAUAUGACUACAAUUCAUUCUCUCUCUCUCCCUACCUUUCUGAAUAUCAGAUAUUAGUCAUACUGACUUACACGGGUUGCAACGAUGCAUAUAUGUUGCAAUCCAUAUCAGCGAGUGAGCGUUAUUUUGUGAGGAGAAAGCAUCUUAAUAAAUCGCGAGUACUCGUGUGUGUGACUACUAAAAUGCUUUAUGUAAUAUCAACCUCCAAAAAUGCAAACGCCCACUUAAUGUAUGUUACAUUUCAGUCUUUCAGAGAAAUGUAAAGACUACAAACAUCGGAUCAACUUGGGGAAAAGCAAACCUAUUAAAGAGAAGAAUCAACAGUCUGCCAAAGCUAAGAACCAGAACAAUAGCAUGGCAGAUCCUAGCCAUAUAGAUUUACCUGAGGAUUUGCUCCUGUGCAUAAUGGAACUGUGUGACCCCAAUGACCUUGCUAUGCUGGGCGAAACCUGUACACUGCUCCAUACCCUUAGCCAGUACGACUUUCUGUGAAAACGUUUUUGCGAGAAAGCCACUAAUGUUAAGGAUCCCGACCUUGGAGAAGUUAGUAGUUACAGAGAGCUGUACACUACUCUGCUGCACAGGUAUGGAGGGAUGCUAGGCCUCUACCAGGUCAUUGCCGGUCCCUUCGGAGGCCUCACAGAAGUAAGGUAUUCAUGCGGUACUCUAGAAGGCAUUACCUGGGACCCAGAAUUCGUUGACUCUCCACUGAAAGCCAACGUUUGUUUUUCUCUUAGAGGUGGCAACAAAUACGCACAAUGUCUCUGUCUUCCAUUAAUGGCUCCGCAUUCUAGCAUGAUUAUACUCGAAAAGAACUCUUUAGUCCGAACAAGUUGACCAUCUUUAUCUUCUGGCAACCGCGCAGUCAUGAGAAGAAACUGCUUUGUCUCAGACACUGUUAUGAAGAGGGAUGACCACACCCCUCGGCAUGCAAGCCCCUCACCAUUGGUUCUCUACCAGCCUAUAAUAGGUAAGCUGGGACGCUGCAGAUAUCCCCUGCUUUACCACUCUUCAGUUUGGAGAUCGCCCCCGACUUCAAAGAGUAAGUGAAAGACUGUAUUUUGGAGUAUGUUAAUAUAACCACAAAAAAAAACAAUGGACCAAGACAUUGCAGCCCAAGAUACAGACUCUGGUGGUUUACAAGUGAUUAACCUGUCAGAAGAUGUUUUGGUCAAGAUCUUAAUGGAAUGUUCUGCACACGAUCUUGUUGCAAUCAGCAGUACAUGUAAAUUAUUCUAUCGUCUAGCAAGGGAUGAACUAAUUUGGAAAUAUAUCUGUAAGAAAGACUAUAACAUUUCACAAGAUGAUAUUGGAGACAAUGAUUCAUAUUACAAGCUCUAUGCAAACUUGUUACACAAAUAUGGCUGGUUACAAGGGACAUACCAGACUGAAGUUGGCCCGUAUGGGGAACUCAUGGAAGUUAAGUUUGAGAAUGGGUGUAUAAAAGGUUUGAAUUGGGAGAUUGGUUCUGAAAUAGAUGUAGAUGCCCCACUCAAACAGUACGUCCUGUUCUCUAUCAAAGGUGACAAGAAAUCUCCUGAGUGUGUCUGUCUACCAGACAUUGCUCCUCAUUCAUGCUCACUUGUUUUGGACAAGAGGAGAGGUCAUGUAAAACAACACUGCUCAGAGCCUGAUAACCAUAUACAGGCCCUUGUAGAAUACAUUAUUAGUGGCAAGCAUACGGAAUCAGGAUGGGUGAAUAGAUUGAAGAUGGUGUUUUUGAAUGAAGCACUAGCUUCAGGGGCUCUUCACCAGCCAAUCCAUGUCCCAGGACCUGAAAACAUACCAGAAGAGCUCCUCAUGAAGGAUGGAACACUCCCACCACAGUUAAUCACACCAGGACUUUUUAAGGGUUCCUAUGGAAGCCAUGGCACUGAGGUCAUUUUGUUCAAGUACAAAGAUGAGAAUGAGCUUCAUGGAAUAAAGGUAACUGGAGAUCCAAAUGUGUAUGCAGGGAAGAUUACAGUCAAAGUGUCACUUAGGUUUCCUGUUAAACCUCUCUCUAAAGAAGAGCAAAGGUCCUAUGAAAUUUUGAAAAACAUCGAGCCUGAACAGAGUGCAGAACCUAUCUCCAGCAUCAAACCACAAGCCUUCAUUCCCCCAGAUGGUUUUGAUCUUCGUGACACAUCUCCUCCAGAAAGUUGUAAGGCAAGAUAUCAUGGUUUUGGUCAAAUAGCAUUUGAAGGAUUUCAACAACCCAACUUCAUUGGAGCACAUAUCAUGGUGUUUAACAAUGACCUGCUUGGAGUUGCCUGGAUUACUCUGGAAUCAUUCAGUCUGUUUCGACGUGUUGAGAAUACUUUUACUCAAAAUAUCUUGCCUGAUCUUGAGAGUGCUUUAUAAGAUGGAAGAAAGAUACAUUUGUUGAACCUCACUUCCACUCCAUGCUGGAUGUGUGCAUGUGUUUUUUUUUCUUUUCUUUUUUUUUUCUUUAGUCUGCCCUAGUUGUUCUUUAGAUAUUUGUUGGCUUCUUCAUCUCAUGCCUUUGAUGUACACUAAUUAUGCUUUUCUUUUAAAUGGCAAAGAAACUUACAUCAUUGAUAAUAGUAAUGUGUUUGUAUUAUUGACAUAUUAUCUCCCAGUUAAAGAUAGUUAUAAAAUCUUUUUAUUUGAUUAUAUAUUUCAUCUAACUGUUAAAUGCUUUUUGGAAUUCUGUAAGGAAAUAUUUCUGUUUGUUUAUAAUUGGUCACAAAAAAAUUGUAGACUCUUAUUUGAAUCUUUGCAAUUUUUCUUUAUUCAAAGUUCACAUAUGUUAUUUGAAUGGUUGUAUUUUUUUCUUUAUUCAGGGUUUGCUUAUGUGUUAUUUGAAUUGUUGUUUUUAUUCAGGGUUCACAUAUAAUAUGUGCAUCUCAAGCAGACUCAAGAAUGUUGUGAUAUGGCCUUACUUCAUACUCAAUAAAACCUUAACACAAGUACCUAUUGUUACUGUUUAUUAUUUCUUGUGUGAAGCUAUUGCAAAACCAAAUAUAGACUAAGAUUAUUUACAAAGACUCUAGAUUUCUGCAAUAAGACAUAAUUGGAGGAACUGGCUGGUGUAGGAGGGCAAAAGGGAAGCAAGAGGUUCUAAAGGCAAGGGGGAUAGACAAGAAAUUUUCAUUUACUUCAGGGAAUGAUGAUGCAUAGAAUUUGAAGCCGUAUUAGUAUAACUGCCUUUGUUAACGAGUUUAAAUUAUCCCCAGGGAGUAGCUGGGGGGGAAGGGACUAGUGUCACUUUAAAGGAGGCAGUUCUCCAUGCCUGUUGCUGAUCCACCACUGCAUUUCUUUACUUUCUUCUUUUUCCUUUUUUUUUAAGUAAUGUAAAGUUCAUUGGGAUUUUUUUUCUUCUUCUAGAUAACAAUGAUUUUAUGUGAUUCCUUUUAUCAACAUGCAGCAUUUUCUAUUAUUUUUUUUAUAUAGGUUAAAAGGUACCUUCUCUCUCUUAGUUUGGUCAGUAGGAUUAGGUGUAGGGGAUACUUGAAGCAUGUUCAAGAAUUCUUCAGGAGUACAGAAUCCAGCACUUGUGAUCUUUGAACUAUUAGUAGUAACUCGAGCACAAAAUUUGCAGAGUAAAACUUAAAACUGUCCAUACAAAAAUAUUGCAGCACAUACAUUUAAAAGCUAAACAUGAAGUAUAUUUCAUUAAUGUUGUUAUUUUAUCACAUAUGAUAGCACUGUAGUGAAUAACUUAAAAAAAUAACUGAAUGAGAUUCAUAUGUGAAUGACAAAAUGUUAUUAAUCUGUUUGUGAAGAUGAAAAGGUUGUGUUGCCUUUUUUUGUGAAAGUGUGUGGAUACAUGUAUGCAUAAUAUUGUUUGCACAUUAUAAUUUUUCAUAAAUA